GAAGGCAGAAAAGGCUCGACGGGGUCGUUGUCGUCUCACGUCCAGAGCCCAGUUCCCCGCGUCUCCCGUGUGGCAGCCCGGGACCCGCGGGCGUCGGGCGUGUGGCGGGCCUGGUCAAGGCGGGACCGCUUUAGCGCCAGCCCCCAUCACCGCCCCCACGCCUUCCAGAAGAGUGAAACUCUGGUUGGCUUGCUUUCCAAGCCUACUUUGCUUCUUCCAUUUUAAAAAGUCUCGACCUCCCACCGCCAGGCUCCAUCCCGAGAACAACGAGGCUGUGAGUGUUUGGGAACCAGGCCCAGUCGGCGGCCUCAGUCCGGGCGUCCCACCUCUGCACAACCCGUCGGGCGCCGGGGCUCGGGCAGCACGCGGAGAUGAGGAGCAGGAGCAAUUCCGGAGUCCGCUUGGAUGGAUACGCGCGGCUGGUACAGCAAACCAUCCUGUGCUACCAGAAUCCGGUCACAGGGCUGCUGUCAGCCAGUCACGAACAGAAGGACGCCUGGGUGCGGGAUAACAUCUACAGCAUUCUGGCCGUGUGGGGCCUGGGCAUGGCCUACCGCAAGAAUGCCGACCGCGAUGAGGACAAGGCCAAAGCCUACGAGCUGGAGCAGAACGUGGUGAAACUGAUGCGGGGUCUUCUCCAGUGCAUGAUGAGACAGGUACAUAAAGUGGAGAAGUUCAAGCACACUCAGAGUACCAAGGACAGCCUGCACGCCAAGUACAACACCGCCACCUGCAGCACCGUGGUGGGUGACGACCAGUGGGGCCACCUCCAGGUGGAUGCCACCUCCCUCUUCCUCCUGUUCCUGGCCCAGAUGACGGCCUCCGGUUUACGUAUUAUUUUCACCCUUGACGAGGUGGCCUUCAUACAGAAUCUUGUUUUUUACAUAGAAGCUGCAUAUAAAGUCGCUGAUUAUGGAAUGUGGGAGCGCGGAGAUAAGACUAAUCAGGGCAUUCCGGAAUUGAACGCAAGCUCUGUAGGAAUGGCUAAGGCAGCCCUUGAGGCAAUUGACGAACUGGACCUCUUUGGAGCCCAUGGAGGACGCAAGUCAGUGAUCCACGUGCUGCCUGAUGAUGUCGAACACUGCCAGUCUAUUCUGUUCUCCAUGCUGCCAAGAGCAUCAACGUCUAAGGAGAUUGACGCUGGACUUCUUUCCAUUAUCUCUUUCCCGGCCUUUGCAGUGGAAGAUAUGAACCUUGUGAAUGUGACCAAAAAUGAAAUUAUUUCCAAGCUCCAGGGGCGUUAUGGAUGCUGUCGCUUCCUUCGAGACGGUUAUAAAACCCCAAGAGAGGACCCAAACCGAUUGCAUUAUGACCCUGCUGAACUCAAGCUCUUUGAAAACAUUGAAUGUGAAUGGCCUGUGUUCUGGACAUAUUUCAUAAUAGAUGGGGUCUUCAACGGUGACGCCGUUCAGGUCCAAGAGUACCGAGAGGCCCUGGAGGGAAUAUUAAUCAGAGGCAAGAACGGGAUCCACCUGGUGCCAGAACUGUAUGCCAUCCCACCUAACAAGGUAGAUGAAGAGUAUAAGAACCCCCACACGGUGGACAGAGUUCCUCUGGGGAAGCUGCCCCAUCUGUGGGGUCAGUCCUUGUACAUCCUCAGCUCGCUAUUGGCAGAGGGAUUCCUUGCCACUGGAGAAAUUGAUCCCUUAAAUAGAAGAUUUUCCACUUCCGUCAAACCUGAUGUCGUAGUGCAAGUCACUGUUCUGGCAGAAAACAACCUCAUUAAGGACUUGUUGAGGAAACAUGGGGUAAACGUCCAGAGUAUUGCUGACAUUCAUCCAAUCCGAGUCCAGCCAGGCCGGAUUCUUAGUCACAUAUAUGCCAAGCUUGGACGGAACAAGAACAUGAAAUUGAGUGGGCGGCCAUAUCGGCACAUUGGCGUGCUUGGAACAUCUAAGCUAUAUGUGAUUAGGAACCAGAUCUUUACUUUUACACCCCAGUUUACCGACCAGCAUCAUUUCUACCUGGCCCUGGACAAUGAGAUGAUCGUGGAGAUGCUGAGGAUCGAACUGGCCUACCUGUGCACCUGCUGGCGGAUGACGGGCAGACCCACGCUCACCUUCCCCAUCACCCACACCAUGCUCACAAAUGAUGGUUCAGAUAUUCAUUCUGCAGUUCUUUCUACAAUUAGAAAACUAGAGGAUGGAUAUUUUGGAGGAGCCAGAGUAAAAUUAGGGAGCCUUUCGGAAUUUCUUACCACGUCUUUCUACACAUAUCUGACCUUCCUGGAUCCAGACUGUGAUGAGAAGUUGUUUAAUGAUGACAGCGAAGGGAGCUUCAGUCCUGAUUCCGACUUGGGAGGAUAUCUGGAAGAUACCUAUAAUCAAGUUACAGAAAGCGAGGAUGAACUUGACCAGUAUAUCAACCACCUCCUCCAAAGCACCUCCUCCAAGUGCUAUCUGCCCCCUCUUUCUAAGAAGACAGAAGACAGCCAUGUUUUCAGUGCCAUCCACUCCACUCGGGAUAUACUUUCCGUGAUGGCAAAAGCAAAGGGUUUGGAAAUUCCAUUUGUUCCCAUGACUUUGCCAACUAAAGUUCUAAGUACCCACCGUAAAUCACUAAAUCUUGUUGAUUCUCCUCAGCCACUCCUAAACAAGGCCCCCGAAGACGACUUCCAGUGGCCCAGAGAUGACCAUGGUGAUGUGGACUGUGACAAGCUGGUUGAGCAGCUGAAAGAUUGUUCAAACCUACAGGACCAAGCAGACAUUCUGUACAUUCUGUAUGUAAUAAAGGGCCCCAGCUGGGACACAAAUCUCUCCGGACAGCACGGGGUCACCGUUCACAACCUCCUCAGCGAGCUCUAUGGGAAAGCUGGCUUGAACCAGGAGUGGGGUUUGAUUCGCUACAUCUCUGGCCUGCUGAGGAAGAAAGUGGAGGUCCUGGCAGAGGUCAGAUCAAGUGCACUGGGGCAGUCCGUUUGUUCUUUGUGUCACCCCGAGCAGGGAGGCCUGCUACAGCAUCCUUUGCUACCCCCUCUUCAAGGCCCACCCGACUCUGCGUCACCAGCCCGAUGUCAGAGACGCUUAUGUUUGUUUGUAGGAGAAGAAGCUUCUGAAAGUUUGAUGAACCUCAGCCCUUUUGACAUGAAAAACCUUCUGCACCAUAUUCUGAGUGGAAAAGAAUUUGGCGUUGAAAGAAGCGUGCGACCCAUCCAUUCCUCCACAUCCAGCCCUGCCAUCUCCAUCCAUGAGGUGGGACACACGGGAGUCACCAAAACCGAGAGGAGUGGCAUUAACAGGCUGAGGAGCGAGAUGAAACAGAUGACUAGGCGAUUUAGUGCUGACGAACAGCUCUUUUCUGUGAGCCAGGCCGUGGCCAGCAGUGCACAUUCCUCCAAGUCUGCGAGAUCCAGCACCCCAUCCUCGCCCACUGGCACAUCAUCGUCAGACUCUGGCGGGCAUCACAUUGGCUGGGGGGAGCGGCAGGGCCAGUGGCUACGCAGGAGGAGGCUGGACGGAGCCAUCAACAGGGUCCCCGUGGGAUUCUACCAGAAGGUGUGGAAGAUCCUUCAGAAGUGCCAUGGUCUGUCCAUCGACGGUUAUGUGCUCCCGUCCUCGACGACAAGAGAGAUGACCCCACAGGAGAUCAAGUUCGCCGUGCACGUUGAGUCGGUGCUGAACCGCGUGCCGCAGCCCGAGUACCGGCAGCUGCUGGUGGAGGCCAUCAUGGUGCUGACGCUGCUCUCAGACACGGAGAUGAACAGCAUCGGGGGCAUCAUCCACGUGGACCAGAUCGUGCAGAUGGCCAACCAGCUGUUCCUACAGGACCAGAUGUCAAUUGGAGCCACGGAUACCCUGGAGAAAGACCAAGUCACAGGCAUUUGCCACUUCUUUUACGACAGCGCUCCGAGUGGGGCUUAUGGGACAAUGACCUACCUGACAAAGGCAGUGGCUUCCCAUUUGCAGGAACUGCUGCCCAAUUCAGGCUGCCAGAUGCAAUAGGGCCUCAGUGCCCUGAGUCUGUCCCUCGCUCCCUAGCCUCGUCGGGAACAUCCUGUUCUCCAAGAUUCCCGGUGUGGUCACAAAAGCACGUCCCAUCAGAAACCCUGGAAGCCACCGACCUAAAACCAGUGUGUGUCUAAGCCACAGAGCCGACGGAUCGUGUGUCCCCACAGGGAGCACCAUGGGGUCACUGUCUAGGUUCGCUUCCCUGUGACGUUUGCCAGAACAGACUCCAAGAGACUAGAUGAGGAGGAAUUAGAAACUGGUCUCUUUUGAGUGCAGUGUGAACGGAGAGGCCAGCUUAAAUUGGCUUUCACCGAGAGUUCCCGAAAGCAGUCAGGUGGUCAGAUAUGCUAGUGACACCUCCAAGGAUGGGAAGAUCUUUGAGCAGCGGGCGUCUGACGAGCGGACCUUGACAAGGGGGACAUCUUAACAGGAUGUGGCCUGUGGACCAAACUGUUUACCAAAUACAACUCUUUCUGUGCAA